UUUAAAUGACAUAACCUUUAUUUCUCAGAAAUUAUGUUGAAAAAAAAAUCACUCUCGGCACAUUGCUUGAUAUACAUGUAAUAGUAAGCAGUAUAUAUCCAUGAGAGAUGGCAAACUAUUACGUGAAGACUGCUUUUCUGGUAAUUAUAUUUACAAAGUCAAUUGCUAGCACCUCAAUAUCAGCCGGUUGUUCCUAUGAGCACAUAAGCACGAAAUUUUCGGACUGUAUAUGGAAUGUAACAGCUCUUAACAGUUUCAAUGAGGCCAUCGAAGGAUUCUUUCACAGUGACACACUGGUGACCGAGGACGAUUUGCUAUCAACAUUAACAUCAAAAUGUGGUGAUGAAAGUUACAUGAAGAAGUAUUCAUUUUGUGCACAAAGAUGUGUAGAAAAUUGUCCACAAUUGACGUAUGUGGUAACACAGUACAUCAAACAAGAUGUGGCGGUGUUCUGUGAGAAUGGAGAGCCAUCAGAAUGGCUUGCUACAGUGUUACAGAGUACAUAUCGUUACAACAAGCAGUGUAUUGACUAUGGGGCGGGUGAUAAUCGUGUACUAGAAAUAGUGCAACAAUGUGUAGACGAGGCGGAUUUUUUGAACCAUUUUUCGGAUCUCAUAGUUAGCUAUGCGGUGUCUACACUACAAAGCGAUAUUUCUAACUGGUUUAGAUGUAUGCUAGAUAAUGCACCGUCAUUUCCGGACUAUGAUGGCGACGGAAUUUUAGAUUGUGGCUCAACAUGGCAAGACGUGGUUGUAAUGCUGGCUCUCAGAAUAUCAGCCUUUAAUCAACUUGGGAUGACAAUUAAUCAAGAAAUAAUUGCCGAACUGAAGGAUAUCAAAAAUGGUUCAUGAAAACAGACAACGACGCCAACCAAAUAGAUUUUGAUAUGCUGCUCAUAUUGUACAUUGUACAUAAAAUAAUUAAAUACAAAUUUA